AUGACUCUUCUCGGUAUCGCCGUUCUUGGUAAAUCCAACGAACCUUUGUAUCUUUGCGACUGUCAAAAAUGUAUCGAGACUGGCAAUGAAUCGUUGAUGGAAACUGCAAGUGUUGUAGACGACCCUUUCGGUUUCGUGGAGCAUGGCAAAAAAUUUGGUAUGGCAAGAAGUCUAUCUCUGGAUUCCCAAUUUUUAGUACACAGUGCCUUAGAUGUGCUAGAAGAAAAGCUAGGGAAGAGCAAGCCGGAUGGUACGAUGCCACUUCGGCGUGGAGUGGAGGGCGUGGCACCAAUCUCGACCCGCUGGACCGGAAAGUUGCUAGAGGAAGGCGAUCGCAUCGUGUUUGGACAUCUCACAGCGACAAAUAUUAAACUACUGGCUUUAUGUCAGCAUCCAUGCAAGGAAUCUUCGGUAAAGAAUUUUUUGGCAAAGCUCCACAACCAUUACAUAAGCUACGUGAUGAAUCCAAUCCUCCCGAUCAAUACCUUUUUCGAGAACGGCAUCAUUCAGUCCAAAGAUUUUGAUAGGAAUGUACGAAUCGCUGUACAGGAAUAUCAUAACGUAAACGUGCCGCUGCUAUAA